AUGGGCGCCACCCCGUUCCAUAGAUCCAUCCUCGAAGUCCGGCUACCGAACCACUUCGACAAACCGACGGAUAUGAGGUACGACGGAACUCAAGACCCUUUGGAACACCUCACGGCCUUCGAAGCAAGGAUGAACUUGGAGGGAGUAGGGGACGAGGUGAGGUGCCGAGCCUUCCCGGUGACCCUGGCAGGACCCGCGAUCAGAUGGUUUAACGGCCUCCCGCAAGGGUCCAUCUAUGGGUCUUCAGACAUCAGCCGUGCAUUCCUGGCCCAGUUUACAACCCGAAUAGCAAAGGCGAAGCACCCGAUCAACCUUCUGGGGAUAACCCAGAGACAGGAAGAGCCGACCAGAAGAUACCUGGAUCGGUUCAACGACGAAUGCUUGGAAAUUGACGGCCUAACCGAUUCGGUGGCCAGCCUCUAUCUGAUGAACGGCCUCCUCAACGAGAGCUUUCGAAAACACCUUACCACGAAGCCGGUUUGGACGAUGUACGAGAUCCAAACGGUGGCCAAGGAGUACAUAAAUGAAGAGGAAGUCAGCCAAGUUGUGGCUGCCAACAAACGGCAGUCCGGCUACAACCAACCUAGGCAACAAGGUAAUGGAGAAAGACUGAAAGAACAGGCCAGGGAAGGAGCGCCUAGCAGGGCACCCAGGCCGUUCCCUCGGGUCGGGAAAUUCACCAACUACACUCCACUCACUCUUCCCAUCAUGGAAGUUUACCAGCAAAUAGCCGAGAAAGGAAUCCUGCCGAAGCCCCGACCACUCAAGGACCGUACAGGAGGAAACAAGAAUUUCUAUUGUGACUAUCAUAAGGGCUACGGUCACCAAACUCAAGACUGCUUUGACCUGAAGGAUGCAUUGGAACAAGCGAUAAGGGAGGGUAAGCUAGCAGAAUUCUCCCACCUUAUCAGGGAGCCGAGGAGGCGCCAUCGCGACCAAGAUGAAGAAGGCAAAACCCGUUCGGCAAAGCGGCGACAGGAACCAAAAGACAGAGAUCACGGCCUCACCGUGGUAAACGUGGUGACGGCCAAAAAUACCGCGCCAAGGUCACGAUCGGCGCACAAAAAAGAUUCUAAGGUCCUAGCAGUCUCCUCCUCAUCGGCGCGAAACUCUAAGAAGCCUCCCUCCAUUUCCUUCGGUCUGGAAGACUAA